UCGCUUAUUUUGAAUGCGGCGCCCGAAGGGUAAAAAGGGUAGCAAACUGUUUUCGCUAAACCGCUGUGCUGGAAUCCGCACACGCACACUGACAACGUAAACAACAACUCGGCAAUGCCGUCAAGGAAGGACCACGUCAGUGAAAACGAACGGUGAAUAUUUUUUUUUGUGUGCCUGUCGCUGUUGCAGCAGUGUCGCUCACGGGUGUACCGGUGUGCGAUUUUGAAGCUUGAGGUCCGUACGUGCCACAACGCGCUCUCGUCUCAUUGAACAAAACGCACCGCAGCCAGGUGGCAGCUUCUUGGCAGUAUCGGAGUGGAAUCGAUUUACGUACGUGUGUGUGUAGGUUAGCAUUUUGCCGAAGCGCUCUAACCCUGGACAAACAAUUGCUGUGCGGGGCGGGGUGAAAAGAAGGGUAGCCAUGGGUACACGUCACUGGUUGCCGUCGGAUGGGAGGAUGCUGCUGAUCGUGCUGCCGAUGGUGGUGGCCCUGUUCGCGACGCUUGCCAACAGUGCCGCCGUCAUGUCGGUGGAUCUCGGCAGCGAGUGGAUGAAGGUCGGUGUCGUAUCCCCCGGCGUCCCGAUGGAGAUCGCGCUGAACAAGGAGUCGAAGCGGAAAACGCCGACCACCAUCGCGUUCCGGAACGGGGACCGCGUGUUUGGCGAGGACGCCCAGACGCUGGGCGUUCGGUUUCCCUCGAACAGCUUCGGCUACCUGACCGAUCUGCUCGGCAAAACGGUCGACAAUCCGAUGGUGGAUCUGUACCGCAAACGCUUCCCAUACUACGACAUCGUGGCCGAUCCGGUCCGGCGCACGGUCGUGUUCCGGUCGGGCGAGGAACAGUACAUGAUCGAGGAGCUGAUCGCGCAGCUGCUGCAGGUGGCAAAGAGCUACGCGGAGGACAGCACCGGCCAGCUGAUUACGGAGUGUGUGCUCAUUGUGCCCGGGUUUUAUGGGCAGGCGGAACGGACGGCGCUGGUGGCGGCCGCCCGGCUGGCGAACCUGAAGGUGCUGCAGCUGAUCAACGACUACACGGCGGUGGCGCUCAACUACGGCAUCUUCCGGCGGAAGGAAAUCAACGAAACGGCCCAGUACUUCCUGUUCUACGAUAUGGGUGCGUACAAAACGUCCGCCGCGGUCGUCAGCUACCAGCUGGUGAAGGAUAAGGCGACGCGCGAAACGCACCCGGUCGUGCAGGUGCUCGGCGUCGGGUACGACCGGACGCUCGGCGGGCUGGAGAUGCAGGUGCGGCUGCGUGACUACCUGGGCCGUGAGUUCAACAAGAUGGGCAAGACGAAGACGGACGUGUUCACCAAUCCGCGUGCGAUGGCGAAGCUGUUCAAGGAGGCGGGCCGGCUGAAGAACGUGCUGAGCGCCAACACGGAACACUACGCGCAGAUCGAGGGCCUGCUGGACGAGCAGGACUUCCGGCUGCUGGUGAAGCGCGAACAGUUCGAGGAGCUCUGCAAGGAUCUGUACGAGCGGGUGACGGCUCCGCUCGACAAGGCGCUGGCCGUGUCCGGUUUGGCGCUGGACGUCAUCAACCAGGUGGUACUGUUCGGGGGUAAUACGCGCGUGCCGAAGGUGCAGGACAUACUGCGCACCCACAUCGGGCAGGAGCUGGCGAAGAACCUGAACGCGGACGAGGCCGCCUGCAUGGGGGCGGUGUACCGGGCGGCCGAUCUGGCCACCGGCUUCAAGGUGAAGAAGUUCAUCACGAAGGACGCGGUCCUGUUCCCGAUCCAGGUCGUGUUCGACCGGGAGGGCGAGAGCGGGGCGACGCGCCAGGUGCGCCGCACGCUUUUCGGCUCGAUGAACUCGUACCCGCAGAAGAAGGUGAUCACGUUCAACAAGCACACGGACGACUUUGAGUUUACCGUGCAGUACGCGGAGCUGGAUGCGGUGCUGAAGGGUGACACGGAAACGCUCGGCUCGCCCGAUCUGGCCCGCGUGCAGCUGAGCGAGGUGGCCAAGCGGCUGAAGGCGAGUGUGGCGGAGAAUGUGGAGUCGAAGGGCAUCAAGGCGCACUUCCUGCUGGACGAUUCGGGCAUCUUCUCGCUGGCCAACGUCGAGCUGGUGCUGGAAAAGACGGUCACCAAGGAGGAGGAGGACGAGGACGAAAGCACGUUCCAGAAGAUUGGCAACACGAUCAGCAAACUGUUCUCGGGCGACAGCGCGGACAAGCCGGCGGAAGAGAAACCACCGACCGAGGGCGGCGCGGAAGCGAAGGACGAGGAAGAGCCGGCCAGUGGAAAGGAGGGAAAAGAGUCGGCGGAGGAGGAGCAGCAGCAGCAGCAGGAGGAGGGCAAGAAGCAAUCCGCAAAGGACAAAGAGGCUGACGGUGGAGCGAAGGACGCCAAGCCGGAAGCGGGUGAGCCGGCGGAUAAAAAGGCAGCGGACGAAGGCACGGAAGCGAAGAAUGCCACCGUGAAACCAAAGAUUGUCACGCUCAAAGAGCCGAUCCCGUCGAAGGUGGAGCUCGCGUACGUGGUGCCGCUCGACGGCGAGCUGUUCGAUGCGUCGGCCAAGCGGCUGUCCGCGCUGGACGAGGUGGACAAGGCGAAGCAGCGCCGCGAGACGGCGCUGAACGCGCUGGAAAGCUACGUGAUCGAUGCGCAGGUGAAGCUGGACGAGCAGGAGUACGCGUCGUGCGCGACCGAGACCGAGAUCGAGACGAUCCGCAAACGGUGCGGCGAAAUUUCCGAAUGGCUGUACGAGGACGGGUCCGACGCGGAUGCGGAAACGUACGAAACCAAGCUGGAGGAGCUGCGGGGCGUCGCGAACGAGGUGUACGCCCGCCACUGGGAGCACCAGGAGCGGCCGAUCGCGCUGAACGCGCUGAAGCAGAUGAUCAACGGUUCGGAAGGGUUCCUGCGCAGCGCGCGCAACCUCACCAAGGACACCAACCCGGAAAAGGACGUGUUCACCGCGGUGGAGAUUGAAACGCUCGAGAAGGCGAUCCGCAGCACGAUCGAGUGGCGCGAUACGGAGGUGGCCGAGCAGGAGAAGCUCGCCCGCAACGCGCCGGUACGGCUGACGGUGAAGGACAUUACCGAUCGCAUGGGUCUGCUCGACCGCGAGGUGAAGUAUCUGGUGAACAAGCUGAAGCUGUGGCGCCCGAAGGUGAAACCGACACCGCCACCGAAGCCGGAAAAAACAACCGCCGGCAAGAAGGAGGGCGAGCAGAAGGAGGAAGCACCGUCCAGCGAGGAGCAGCCCGGCUCGGAACCGGUGCUGGAGCAGACACCCGAAAAGGAUGCGGACGAAACGGAAGAGGGCGCCGCGAUCGAUCCGACCGCAACGCAGCAGGACCGUACAGGCGAGAGCGGCGAUCAUACGGAGCUGUAGAGACAACAGCGCAAUAGGGGGAACGGGUGUAGGAUUGAUAGCACAAUUCGGACACACUGGUUUAGCACUCAUCUCACCGAAGCACCCGUCACAGCUUCAUUUCAGCUCACCUUCCCAUAGAGCCCAUAUGUAUUCACAGUUUCUGAACACACAGACACACACCCAACAAACAAAAACGCAACAGAAGAUAAAACUCCACACGCCUUCCCUCCGUUCCCGAUCCCGAAAUUUGCGCGGCAAGACAGAAGAUUUGGUUGCUGUCCGCGGUACUGACUCCCUUACCCCUCUGUAUUUAUUUUCAUUCAUUAGCAAAAAGUGUGCGCCGUAGUAGAGAGCGCAGAGAAGAAAUGCACCGUAGGGCUGCUCAACUAUGACGACUAUGAAAACCAUUCCUUUGCGUUUGCUUAUGACGAGGAGAGAUGUGUGCGAGAGAAAGACAUUUAGAAACAGGAGGAUGUGAAAGGGAGUUUCUAAAAUCCAAACUGGUGAUUAGACCCUGGUGUAGUAGUUAAUAGAGAAAAAAAAGUUCAUACCCGUAAGAGAAGGCCACGACACACAGACACUCGCGCUGAUACCGGUCGAGAACUAGGAACUGACAUUGCAUUGAACUGAAUCAAAACCGACGACGGUUUGAGCGCCUUGUAGGCAAUAGGUGUAACAGUGGUUUAACGCUGCGAAAAGGAAAGAGAUGUGGUCGCUUGUUUUGAUUUCGUCUUUCGGUUGGUGCAAUCUUUUACGGCCUACACAAAGAGGCAAACUUAGUACUACUACUACUACUACAACUACUAGCAGGAGCAGAAGGAAUAGGAAAAAAACAACAGCACAGAACAGAACAGAACCCUUACAUUAAGCGCACGCUGCACGCGGACGUAGGGUAGCGUGAAAACUGAACGUUAGCCGGACAAUUGGUGAUAAAGUAUAGCGAACUUAAGGAUCGUACGGUAAACGUCAAG